AUGUCGAAAAUUGUUGUACUUGGAGCCGGCGUAUCCGGACUCACAUCUGCGUUAUGUUUGUAUGAAGAAUUUCCUGAAAGAAUACAGGAUCUAACAAUUGUAGCAUCUGAAUUUGUCGGCGACUACCACGCUCAUGACUUCACGUCACCAUGGGCUGGAGCUAAUUGGGCAAGUUUUGCCAAAAUUGAUGAUUUCGAACAGAUUGAGAGAGACAAAGCAGCGUAUCUGAAGUUUCUGCAAUUAUCGAAAACCGACCCAUCGUCUGGUGUCAAGCCUUACAUGCUCAAAUUCUGCUUUUUGAAAGAGAAGGGACUCCCAUGGUACAUACAACAGAAGUUUGUCAAAAACAUAGCUAUGCUGAGUGAUGAGGAGCUCCGCUUUAGAAAUCUGGACCCCGCACUCUACUACGGAGUGGAAUUUCAGAGCUUCACAGUCACUCCAACAGUCUACAAUACCUAUAUGCUGGCCAAACUUCGCAAACUAGGGGCGAAGAUUAAGAGAGUCGCAAGGCUAGACCUAAUAACAGAUGUUGUUGCACUUCUCGGUUACGUUCCUGAUCUGGUUGUGAACGCGACAGGUAUCAACGCCGGUAAAUUACUUAGACUGGAGGAACCAGCCGAAUUGGAAAAACUGCACCCCGUCAAGGGUCAGAUCGUCCAGAUUUACGAAGAUUUGCCUUUCCAGGUCAUGGUAGAAGGCUUGCCAAAGGAGCUUAACGCUCAAAGUGGUCAGUUUCUGAACAUUUUUCCCCGUGCCGAAGGAGGAUGUAUUGUAGGAGGCAUUAUGGCCAAAGGCGACUGGUCAAAUACUGUAAACAAAGAGCUAAAUGAGAGCAUUCUAAAAGUGUGCAGAUACCACGUCCCCGAGCUUAAAGCUACCACAGUUUACAACUCAUACGUAGCCUUGAGACCAGGCCGCCAAGGAGGGGUAAGAAUAGAAUUUUCAGAGUAUAGGCUUGGGGGUCAAAGUCAAACCCUCAAAGUGGUUCACAACUAUGGUAUCGGGGGUGCUGGCUAUCAGUCGUCUUACGGAAGUGCACGUCAAGUUUGCGAGCUCGCGUCACAGGUAUUGGGGCGCCGGAAAACCUCGAGCAAAUUGUGA